AAUGAAGCGUUAGGACCGUUUGUGUGGCAGAGCUCUUAUCACUGCAUUGAGCCGCAAUCCUGAUAACAAAACUGACGCGAGCUCAGUUGUGUGUUCGCGCAGGUGCAAUAGUCCACACUCCUAUGGAUGAGUAGUCAGUCAGUCAGUCAGACAGUUGGACUGACUAGUGUCGCGCCGCGCGCCGGUACUGUAGGGGUGAAUGUUUUCUGAUCGCUUGUUCGCUUGUGCUCCACUGUCACUGUCAUCAUUACCGCUGAUACUGUAACAAUCUGCAUAAACUCGUCUCCCACCCCCACUCCCCCCAUCACCAGCCCCGUCUGUAUAAAGUGUUCAACGUUUAAAUACAGGGACGAUGCCGAGCAGUCCGGAGUGACGAUUGCACGCCUCUGUGACUUGUGAAGUAAUGGACAGAGCAGCGCCAGUGACAGUGCAAGUUAUAGUGAUCAAGUACUAUGGGCUAUGAGGAUGGAGAACUCCACGUGAAGUAUCUCGGGCGAGAGUACGAUGUGACGAGGUUCCGCAAGUUCCACCCUGGAGGUGCCAACACCCUCGCGUGGUUCAGGGGCAGUGACGUCACCAGCCAGCUUGUCCACACCCACCAUUCCGAGGCGGCCUACAGUCUUCUGGAGGACUACAGGGUAGGCGCCCAACUCCAGGGAGACAUUGAUGAGGAACAGAUAGACUGGUCCCAGUCACUAGUGAAGCAGGUGGGUGGCCUGGGCGAGAGAUACCAUUCAUGGGUAGUGAAACCAGUGGACCGCAGGGCGAGACUGUUCGAUGCCGACUGGCUGGAGCAGCUGACCGUCGUUCAGUGGUACGUCAUCCCCUUGGUGUGGGUGCCGGUGUACAUCACACUUCUCUACAUCUCCCACCUUCGACUAGUCAAUGUCAUAGACUCACAGGUGCACGUGUGGGUGUACCUCGGGUGCGCUGUAGUCAUAGGGUUCCUUAUAUGGCCGAUGAUCGAGUAUGCAACGCAUCGUUGGCUGUUCCAUCUGAAACCACCCGACUCCAUUCCCUUACUCAUAGCCAUCCACUUCUGUUUACAUGGCCUCCACCAUAAGGUGCCUUUUGAUGAGCGCAGGCUACUGUUCCCGCCUGUUCCAGCUGCUGCACUUGCCACGCUCGUCUACUGCGUCUACAGCGCCAUACUCCCACCUUGGGCUGCCACAUCCGUUGGUGCUGGCACUCUUGCAGGUUACAUCAUGUAUGACCUUAUCCAUUACUAUCUACACUAUGGAUCACCCCGGGAAGGCACUUACCUUUACUUCAUGAAGCGAUACCAUAACCAACAUCAUUUCGUACAUCAUAACCAUGGUUUUGGUAUAAGCAACCACAUCUGGGACAAAGUGUUCAACACAGGGCUUUCGCUGAGGAAGCUGAAAUACACCAUGAAAUGGUGACUCGCUACGCAAUCAUGCAGGCUGCGUAAUAGCGCAAUCUACGCAAGCACAAACACCCAUCACUGUUGUUGUAUGCUUGCUUUAAUCCAGUGAUGUUGAUUAUUUAUUUAUUGUAAUAUAUAUAUAUACAGUAUACAUAUACGCUAUUUCACUGCCUUUGUUAUUGUGUUUCCUUUCUUUGUUUCCUCAGAGUAAAAAUAUAUUAUAUAUUGUACAUGUAA